AUGGUCUUUAAGCAAAGCCAACUCACGGUGGAGCAGCUGCCCUCAAUCCUCGAAAAUGACACCAAAGUCAAGGUGGCGGGCGUAGAUGUUGACGGCAUGCUUCGGGGCAAGAUCAUGGCCAAGAGCAAGUUUCUCUCCAUUGCGCGGAAAGGAUUCGGCUUCUGCUCUAUCAUUUUUGGCUGGGACAUGCAUGACAAAGCGUAUUUUCGCGAUCUCAAAGUCUGCAACUCGAAGAAUGGUGCUCGGGAUCUCCUCGCUGUCCCGGAUCUUGCAACGUACCGCAGAAUACCAUGGGAAGAGAACAUACCCUUUUUCUUCCUAAACUGGCAUGACCCAGAUACUGGAAAGCCACUACAUUGCUGCCCGAGGGGUCUCCUGAGCACUGUUGUAUCCAGAUUGGAAUCAAAUGGAAUGGGCGCCGUGGCUGGAGCCGAAUUUGAGUUCUCGCAGUUCAGAGCGCCGCAGACUGGCCGCAACAAGCCCAACGUUGCCGCCUUUCUCCGCGAGAACCCCACGGAUGCCCUGCCUGCCCUCACGGAGGGCAGAUUCGGCUAUAGUCUCACGCGCCCGACCCAGAAUCAAUCUUACUUUCAUGACAUAUUCAAUACAUGUGAUAAGUUUGACUGUGGUAUUGAGGGUUGGCACACCGAGAGCGGCGUGGGCGUGUUCGAGGCUGCUUUAUUAUUCGAUAGCAUAUCGAAUAUGGCAGACAAAGCCAACCUCUUCAAAUAUGUUGUCAAGUCCGUGGCCACCAAGUACGGUGUUACGCCAUGCUUCAUGGCCAAGCCACGCGAAGGGGAGCCUGGAAACGCCGGCCAUAUCCACAUCUCGAUCGUCGACAAAGAGAACAAGAACCUGUUCUACCGAGAAGCUAAAGACGAGGAAGCAGAAUGGGAAGAUAUCGCACAUCUGUCUGACGUGGGAAGACACUUCCUAGCUGGUGUCAUUGAAGGCUUACCUGACAUCAUGCUCAUGCUCGCUCCCACGAUAAACUCUUACAAGCGCCUUGUAGAGAACUUCUUCGCGCCUGUCACCGUGUCCUGGGGUUUGGAACAUCGCGCGAGCUCGAUUCGCCUGAUCACGCCGCCGACGUCGUCGCCAAACGCAUCACGUAUCGAGGUGCGCGUACCCGGAGCUGACACGAAUUCAUUCUACGUUUACGCCGCGGUGCUGGCGAUAGGAUACCGCGGUAUCGAGAAGAAGCUUCCACUAACCCUGCCUCCCCUAGGCAAAGAUCAAAUCACAGGGGGUGUGAGAUUGGCGCAGAGCCUGAAAGAGGCGACUGAGAAGUUCUCGAACACACAGAGUAUUGCUCGUGAAGUCUUUGGGGAUGAAUUUGUAGAACAUUUCGCGGGCACAAGACAACAUGAAAUCCAGCUUUGGGAUCAAGCCGUGACAGACUGGUUGGUUUACCCUCCGCCAUUCCCAAAGAUCAUUCCCAUUACUCUGCCCCUAGCCAUACUUCCCCUCUCCCUGGCACCCGCCCAAGGACCCUAA